UCAUUCACAUCUAAAAGGGGGAAAUAACUCUGCUAGAAUCUCAGCAACAUGGCGGGUGGUGGGAUUAGUACUGCGUUUGAUGCUUUCUUCAGUUCUUGGUUCCCAAUUAUAUUUGCCCUUAUUGGCGGUUUUGCAUUCGCUUUCAGGCAAUAUUUACGGGGAACACCUUAUCAGAGCAAAAAACAACUGAAAAAAGAGACUGUACUAGUGACAGGAGCAACUUCAGGAAUGGGUCAAGCUGCUGCUACUGAUUUUGCUUCAAGAGGAGCUCGUGUCAUAAUGGCAUGUCGGGAUAUUGAAGCUGGCCAAAAAAUUGCCCAGGAAAUCCAGAAAAAGACAAAUAAUACUAAUGUGACAGCUCUACAUUGUGAUCUAAGUUCACUUGAUUCUGUUCGGAAGUUUGUUGAAGAAUUUAAAAAACGUGAAUCUCAGCUGCACAUUCUUAUUAAUAAUGCUGGUGUGAUGAUGUGUCCAAAAACCUUGUCUACAGAUAAAUUUGAGAUGCAGUUUGCUGUGAAUUACCUGGGGCCGUUUUUGCUUACACAUCUUUUACUGGAUACCAUGAAAGCAUCAGCACCAGCUCGUAUUGUCAACGUCACAGCACAUGCCCACCAACUGGGAAGCAUAAAUUUUGAUGAUUUAAACCAUGAUGAAGAUUAUAACCCUGGGCAUGCUUAUGCACAGAGCAAGUUGGCAGUUGCUAUGUUUACUAUAACAUUGGCAAAAUACUUGGAAGGUAGUGAAGUGAUCGUUAACUGUAUAAAUCCAGGAAUUGUAAACACCAAUUUACACCGCCAUAUGCCUUUCCGUGCACAUUCUUUUAUCAAUAUGUGUUUUUCACCAUUUGUAUGGUACAUGUUCAAGAAACCCGAAGAUGGAAUCAACACAAUGAUGUUUUGUGCUCUUGAAGAUGCCUUAGGAAAUACAAGUGGAAAAUAUUUUGUAGAAUGUUGUCCAGUUAAUUGGCACGAGACUACACAGGAUGAAGAUGUCCAGAAAAAAUUAUGGGAAGAAAGUUUGAAAUGGACAGAUUUAAAAUUGAAAAGUUGAAUAAUGUUCUUUACUGCUUUUGCCUCUCACUAGAGCAUAGCUAUACACAAACACACACAAACACAUAUACAUAUUAACACAAAAGUUUUUGUUUCCAUCAGUUUUGAAAUGGUACUUGAUUUCUCUCUUUAUUUUUUUACUCUAGAAUGUUUUUAAUUUGAUAUUUUAAUUUUUUUUCAUUUUCAUUUUCAAACUCUUAGUAACUAUUUAAAUGCCUGAAAUAUGUUGUUGAUAAGAUUUACAUAUAAUAUUUCAAAUAAUAUUUCAGACAAAUAACUCUUCUUUAGCUCGUAUAGUUAUACCCCAUUUACAAUAUUUACAUCUGCAUUACAUUGUGGUUUCUUUUUUUUAUUACAAUAUUUACAAUAGAAUAGAUCUGAUCUCUGAUUGUCAUCAAGUUCCAUACUCCAGAUCAUAUAUGUGGUCCUAGAUUGGGUUGGAGCUAGGAAUUUUUAUCACUAAAGUAAGUGAAACACCAUUCUUGUCUCUAAGCUUACUUUUAGUCUAUAAAUAAUGGCUCCUAGAUAAAAUUCAGUCUAGAAUUAUGCAUACACAUCCAUGAAUAAAACACCUGAUGAUGAUGAUUUGAGAUCAAGCUAAUUGUAAAACCAUGUAAAUAUUAAGUAUGCACACUAAAGAUGAAGUUAAUAGCUUGUAAAAUUAUAAUUUUUGUUACUAGCCACAUUAUUUCUGUUAUACUGUUGAUUGAAUCAUUUAUCAAAACUGACAAUUAUCUCCAAAUUCAUUCUAAAGCAUGAUUAUUAUUAUCAUCAUCACCAUCACCAUCAUUAUUAUUAUUAUUGCUCUUGUAGCUUCUGCUGAAUUACUUUCACUUUCCAUCUCUUAAAAAAUAUUUUUGUUGCUUCACUAAAGGAACUUAUAUACACAUGUAUGCACACCUGUGCACACUUUUAUCUACAAAUAUGCAAGCUGACAUACACAUGUGCAUAUAUAUAUAUAUAUAAUAUAUAUAUAUAUAUAUAUACACUGUACAAUCUUCACAAUAGAAUGCCUUUAUUUCAAUUUUUUUUUGUUCUGUGUCAGACCAUGUCUUCUGACAGACAGGCCUCUUGAUCAGGACAGAUUUCUGCAUUAUUUGGAGCAAUUUAUAAUGCAUCAAUAAACUAAGUUUUUUAUUUUCCACUUGGUGCAUAGAUGUAAAGAUUUCUCUUAGCUUGCUGCUGAUGAUUUGUAAGGGUUUUUAUUCUUUGUUGCCCUAAUGAAAUUCCUGACACACACACACACACACACACACACACACACACCAUGAGCAAUAUACAUAUAUGAAGAAUGUGAGAAAGUG